CUCUAGAGCCUGACCGCCGCGGCUCCACCGGGACUACCGGGACUCUACGGGGUCGACGCGGCUCCUCCGGGACUCUACGGGACUCUACCGGGGCUUUGCCGGGGCUCUACCGGACUCCACGGGACUUUACCGGGCUCCACCGGGACUCCUCCGGUGCCCCUCCGGCCCCCCGAUGAGCGCGGCGUUCAGCCCGCCGUCCUUCAUGGUGAUGCCGCGGCCCUUGGGCAGCUCCUCCGCCUUCAGCAUCGACUCCCUGAUCGGCGGGCCGACGCCGCCCGGUCCCGGGGCCUUCGUGUACACCGGGUACCCGAUGUUCAUGCCCUACCGGUCCGUGGUGCUGCAGCCGCCGCCGGCUCUGCCCGCCGGUCACCACCUGCAGGGCGGCUUCUGCUCCGGCCUCGCGCCGGGCAUGGCGCUCAGCUCCGGCCUCAUGGCGGCGUUGCCCGGCGGCUUCCCGCCGCACCGGGAACCGGCGAGGAAGUUCAGCCCCGCGCGGCACGCGGAGGACGGGAAGAGCUUCCUGGCGAAGGAGGCCUUCCACGACCCGGACCCGAGCCCAGCCAGAGCCCCCCCCAAGGAGGACUCCAAGGAGGAGGACUGCGGCCGGAAGGAGGACAGCAGCUUCCUGGACAGCGACCUGGACUACAGCUCCGACGACAACCUGACGUCCGCGGGCCGCCAGGAGGACGCGGACGACGGGCCGCACGCGCCCGGCUCCUCGUCGUGCUCCGCGGGGGGCGCGGGCGGCGCGGGCGGGAAGAACCGGCGGCGGCGCACCGCCUUCACGAGCGAGCAGCUGCUGGAGCUCGAGAAGGAGUUCCACUGCAAGAAGUACCUGUCGCUCACCGAGCGCUCCCAGAUCGCGCAUGCGCUGAAGCUCAGCGAGGUGCAGGUGAAGAUCUGGUUCCAGAACCGGCGCGCCAAGUGGAAGCGGGUCAAGGCCGGGAACGUCAACAACAAGUCCGGGGAGCCGGUCCGGAACCCCAAGAUCGUGGUCCCGAUCCCGGUCCACGUGAGCCGGUUCGCCAUCCGGAGCCAGCACCAGCAGAUGGAGCAGGCGCGACCGUAG